AUGCUGAACGACGACGAAUUGAAACAAAAACUCAUACAAUUGUAUGCCGACCAAGGAGAACGGGGCAUCCACCAGCUCCUCCAGCAGAUGCAAUUGCUGAAGCCCACUACCAACUCCAAAUACGACGACAAAUACUUCCACCAGUACGCCCAGAAGUACAUCGACUUCACCUACAAAAACCCCACCAUCUACCACGUGGUCGACCACUUUGCCGACCAAUUGAAGUCGAAAGGGUUUAAGUUCCUCGACGAGAGAGACUCGUGGUCCGAUGUCGGCCCCGGCAAGUACUUUACCGUGAGACUGGGGCUGCUGCUCUCGGCGUUUGUCGUGGGCAAUCAGUGGUCGCCUGAACGAGGUGUUGGCUUCAUUGGCAGCCACAUCGACUCGUUGGCCACGGUGUUAAAGCCGAAGCUGAUUAAAGCUGAUAAGGACGGCUACCAGCUUUUGGGGAUUGCCCCUUACUCCGGCGGUCUUUCCGAGUUGUGGUGGGACCGGGACUUAGCCAUUGGCGGUCGUAUCCUUGUCAAGGGCAAGGACGGUAAGAUCACUCACAAAUUAGUGGACUCGUCGCCCCACCCCAUUGGCCAUAUCCCCUCAUUAGCGCCUCACUUCGGCGCUCCUUCUCAAGGGCCGUUUAAUAAGGAAACUCAAGCGAUCCCGGUCGUCGGGUUUGGUCACAAGAAGGACGACCCCACGGACGAAGAAAAGCAGGCGCCGUUAUACGGCAAACACUCGCUCCAGUUGUUGCGGUACAUCGCCAAGUUGGGCGGCGUCAGCGUCAACGACAUCGUCCAAUGGGAUAUCCAAUUGUACGACGUGCAAAAGGGUGCCAUUGGUGGCCUCGACAACGAAUUCAUCUACGCCCCGCGUGUCGACGACCGCGUGUGUCUGUUUGCCGCACUCAACUCGUUGCUUGAAGCCGACCACGAGAAGUUGCUUCAAGCGGACGGUUUCUCAGUUGUUUCGCUUUACGACAACGAAGAGAUCGGCUCGAGAACCCGCCAAGGGGCUCAAGGUGGGUUAUUUGAAGCCGUGGUCACUCGCGUCGUCAGCGCCUACUUGGCCAACGAGUCACUGGUGGAAGACACUCUUCGCGUCACCUACGCCAACCUGAUCUUGCUCUCCGCUGACGUCAUCCACUUGGUCAACCCCAACUUCGACGAAGUCUAUUUGGAAGGCCACAAGCCCGUGCCCAACAAGGGGAUCACCCUCUCGUUGGACCCCAACGGCAACAUGGCCACGGACUCGAUCGGGGUGAGCUUGGUCGAGGAGUUGGCCCGCAAGAACGGCGACGAAGUGCAGUACUUCCAGAUCCGUAAUGACUCGAGACUGGGCGGUACCAUUGGUCCUUACAUCUCGGUGAACACCGGGGCCCGCACCAUUGACUUGGGGAUCCCUCAGUUGUCGAUGCACCUGAUCAGAGCCACUCUCGGGCUGAAGGAUGUCGGGUUGGGCGUGAAGUUCUUCAAGGGGUUCUGGCAAAGCUGGAGAGAAACCUAUGACAACUACGACGGGUUGGUCUAG